AUGACCCCCCGCCCCCCGCCUGCUAAAUGGCUCAUCAUUGUUGAGGGUCUGAUCGAGCAGUGGGAUUGGGGCCAUACCAUUACCCUCCUCGCUAUCGUCUUUAUCUUCUCUGUGGUCUUGAAGCUAUCACAUGCCCGCAUUGAUAUCUCGCGGUAUCGCCAAAAGCGCGCCGCCGAUGCUAAGGCCGGAAUUGAGCUUCAGGAUGCUAAGCCUACUCGCCCUCCUAGUGCCCGUGGUCAUCCCCUCCUCUCCAGCCCCGCUGGGUUUACCGGCCUAGCUAGCAAUACCCGGGCCAUGGCCAAGGCCAGGGCCGCUGCUGACGCCGCUGACGCUGUCUAG